GGCGGCGCGGCGGGUGCCCGCAGAAUGGGCGGCAGAGCCGGCUUCUUCGAGGUGGAAAUCCUUGAUUGGGAGACAAAGAAACAGCUAUGCUUCCUAGAUAAGGUGGAACCAAAUGCUACAAUUAGAGAGAUCAGAUUGAUGUUCCAUAAGUUAUAUCCUCGGUGGUACCCAGCAAGGCAGUCAAUAAAACUUGAUCCAAAAGGAAAGUCCUUGAGGGAUGAAGAAAUCCUGCAGCACCUCCCUGUUGGCACAACUGCUACCUUAUACUUUAAAGAUUUAGGGCCACAGAUAGGAUGGACUACGGUAUUUUUGAUAGAAUAUACAGGUCCAUUGUUCAUCUAUUUUGUGUUUUACUUCCGCAUGACUUUUGUCUAUGGACUGGAUGAGAGGUUUACAUCAAGUCCGCACCCAGUAGUUAACUUGGCAUGUAUCUGCCAUUCUUUCCACUACAUCAAAAGGUUGAUUGAAACCAUGUUUGUUCAUCGAUUCUCCCGUGGGACUAUGCCACUGAGGAAUAUUGUGAAGAACUGCUUAUAUUACUGGGGAUUUGCAGCUUGGCUUGCAUAUUACAUCAAUCAUCCUCUUUACACUCCUCCUUCUUAUGGGAAAAAACAGAUAAAUUUUGCUGUCAUCAUGUUUCUGCUGUGUGAAGCUGGAAAUUUUUCCAUUCAUGUUGCACUCAGUGACCUCUGGAGAAAUGGAUCCAAAACCUGUAAGAUCCCAUAUCCAACAAAGAAUCCUUUCACAUGGCUGUUUUUCUUUGUAUCUUGCCCUAACUAUACAUAUGAGGUGGGGACCUGGAUCAGUUUCACUAUCAUGACUCAGUGUGUUCCAGUGGGACUGUUCACCUUGCUUUGCUUCAUUCAGAUGACAGUCUGGGCAAAGGAUAAACACUGCACCUACCUACGAGAAUUCAAGGAUUAUCCAAGUCAUAGAAUGCCAAUUAUUCCCUUUUUGUUGUAAGAAAAGAAGGCUCAAUUUGAAUAUUGCACAGAUCUUCAAGAAGAAAAACCUCAUAAAUGUCCUGCCAAAUAAAUGAAUUAAUUAAAAG